UUCACUGAAUAUCCUUCACUCAACACGGUUAUCUUCCAAUUAAGAGUCUUUCCCUAGUGCAUUGUCUGGUUCCCUAAGUUGUUAAGGAAAAUGGCUUCCUCCAAGGUUUUCCUUCUUCUCGGUCUUGCCUUUGCAGUUGUUCUUCUCAUCUCCUCAGAGGUCUCAGCUCGUGAGCUCGCUGAGACUACUACCCAAGAGGCUGUGCAAACUGACUCUGUGGAGGAGGCCAAGUAUGGCGGCCAUGGGUACGGGCAUGAAUAUGGCCACGGCCACGGACACGGAAAAGGACACCGCGGUAAACCAGGUCAUGGUGGUCACCCAGGACAUGGUGCUGCUGGCGAAACUGAAACCGACCAAAACUAGACAAAUCCCUUAUCUAUGGUGUCUGCAUGUAUGUGUUUAGUAAUAAGAUGUAGUAAUCUAAGCUUGUAUGCCAAUAAUUAAGGUCGCUGGUUGUCGAUCUGUAGGUGUCAUGUAAGCUUUAUCUUUGUGCUUUUUGUCGUAUUUCUUUCUGCUUUUUAUUAUUAAUUAUCAUAACGUGCUUAAUCCAAA